AUGAUGUACAACACGGACAACUUUGAUAUAUUUAGCAUAGCGCUAAGCCAAUAGAUAAAUUAUGGAUAGAGGAAAACCGCAAAGUACGGUCUGCGGCUAAUUCUCGAGUGUAAUUGGUUCAAACGGUUUUGAGGGAGUCUCUAACGUGUUCAGUCCUUGUGUGUACUUUGGGAUAUCUGUUUUGUUUUUACGUAAUUCCGGUUGAUGUUGCAAUCAUUUGUUUGUGGUAAACUGCGUAUUCUUACAGACUUGGUUACUGUACGUUGAUGGAGAGUACUCAGAAUAAAUGACACCAAAAUUUCCAAGAACAUGGCCGRCUCGGAUUCAGGAACUCACAUCUCUGACAUAACGGAAAACAAUUCUGAGGACCUUGAAGCGAAAAAUGAAGAGCGCCUUCAAUCAAUUAUAGAGUCUACCACCACGACACAGCCUAAGACAAUCUCAUUGGAUGAGAAUAAAAAACCCAAAAGGACCGAAAACGAAGAAGUUAUAGAACAGAAAAAUAUCAAGAAUAGCACACCAGGGGUGAACAGCCACAUUCCAGACACGACCACAUCUCUCAACUCACGGCCAACACCAAACACUCAUGUCAGUCAGACACACAGGCAUGUCAAGAUGGAUCCUCAACUAACCGCUGUUCAGGGACAUCGCACUCGAAGUAGUGACUCUCAGUCAAUCACCGAAGACAAUCACGUGACUAUUGCCCACGUCCACUCAGCUCCACGUGUCUUUAGGAAAGUUAACGGUGACUUAGCGGCCGCACCAAAACGACAAGCAAGGCGCCAACGGAGUUUACCUCCUCGUUGGUCACAGAACAGGAACAAAGCGGGGCCCUCGAGGGGUAUUGAGAAUUUAUCGUUCAACAGAAGCUUUGAAAGUUUUCAGGGAAACGACCAUGGCGGUCCCAGGUCUGCCUACGACUUUAUGGAUGCAGAAAUUUAUAGCAAGUCCAAAAGAGCAGCUGUAAUAGAUGUUGAUAUGAACGACAGAAGAGAAUUCCAAUCGGGAGAUGCGAGUGAUGAGGAGGAGGAAGAUGACAUCUCCUGGGCACCCACUGGAAUCUUCGCUGUGUUCGUGGUUASCUUGUGGACUGCUCUAUUAAAGCUUAUAGACAGUAUUAAACAAAAUGGUCCAGUUAUAUGCUCUGAGGGGGAGGAGGUGAGGCUCUGGAUUUGUGCUGGGUGUCUGUCCUUGAUAUACUGUUUGGCUGAGAUCAUUUGGAAGAGGAAAACCUUGAUCAAAGCAUUAUUUGGUACGAUAUUAAUAUUCACAUACAUGAUGUUGGGACACGCUGAGCCGUUGUCUUGUCGCUUGGGAGAAGCUAGGCUCUCUGAGAUUGGCAAGUGGCAAGCAGCCAUGAACUUUUUUUUCGCGGCUAUACUAGGCACGCGUGUUUAUCAAGAAAUUGCCGAGUUUAUACGCCAGAAGAAGAAGAAGAAAAGAAAAGCGAAAAAGCAACGAAGGGAGAAUAGAACGCGACGAGAAGACUUGAGUGAUGAGGAUUCGUCGGUGAUGAGAGUGUAUCGUGUGUGAAUGACACGCGGCACAGAUUUAAAGUGGAAAUCCAGCUACAAGAUCGGCUGCAAAUCUAUUUGUUAAACAGGAUACAUUGUUUGAGCACUUUAUUGCGAUGUCCAAAGUUGGGCGGAUGAAAAAUUACCCCUCGAAAAUAUUGUUCUCGGAAGCUCGUCAUUUUAAUUUAGCAAUUUUCUUUAAUUUUGGUUAUUUCACGACGUAAUUUUUGAACUGCGGUGAUGAAGAACAAUGAUGAUGACAAAAUUAUAGGCAAGGCCGGCAAAGUAUGGCCGAGUACAUCGUACAUAGCUGGACAGUUGUGAUUAGCUGCAUGGCUGAAUAAACAGCAAGUAAAUUAACUCAAUACUGAUGGUCACGUAUAGCGAAUUAUAACACGAGUACACUGAAAUAUGACAGUGGAUGGUGUACAAGUAAAAUGGCUCCUCAGUAAAUUAUACAUUUAUACGUAUAUACGCUCCCAUCUCCCAUACUGUAUAUAUAUCCAUCUGACCAAUCACAGCCCGGCAUUGAAAGUUAACGGACAACAACGAACUUUCAUAAGAAAUAUGAAUUAUCACUGAUGAGUUCUGGCAAUUAUUUAAAGUAUUUUUAAAACCUAGGGGGGAGGGGAGGGGGAACGUGUAUGAAGUAUGAAGAAAAGCAAUAAAAGUUGUUUCAAAAACCACC